UGAGAGCGAAAGACCGCUCUUCUCGAUCGUACUGUGCUGUGGGGAGCUGCGGCUACCGGUCGUCUUCCGCCGUCGUUUGUCUGCUGCAAGGAUCAGGUGGAAGAAGGGAGGGAGGGAAGGAGAGGGAGGGAAGGAAGGAGAGGGAGGGAGGGAGGUUGUAGAAGUCAGUCUUCGUCGGAUCGAUCAGUGGACCUGCAAGAGGAGGAGACCAGAGAUUAAUUACACCGACCAAUCAAUCAACUGACCAAGGGAGGGAGGGAGGUCGUAGAAGUCAGUCUUCGUCGGAUCGAUCAACGGACCUGCAAGAGGAGGAGACCAGAGAUUAAUUACACCGACCAAUCAAUCAACUGAUCAAUCAGCCAAUCAAUCAAUCAAUCAAUCCGUCCAUCGAUCGCGAGAUGUCCUCUCUUGUGCACAUGAUGGUCCGAGAUACACGUGGUGUGCCUGCAAGUAAAGAAGCGGGCGACACCGUAGAGUUGACUUUGACCAAAGUGCUUGCUAUUUACCCCGAUGCAUCUCCAAGGUACGUCGUCGAUCGGAUCUGCUGGAAGAAGAAGAAGAAUCCGUCGAGGCUGUUCCAAAGGGUGUGUGAUGAAUUUGCGUGCAAGGGGUACAAGAAGGACCCCAAGCGGAGGGCAACGGCGAAGGUCAGUGAUGUGACGAUCGUCGCCUCGCAAGCUGCCACGUGUGCAUGCAAGGAUGAAUGCCGACCAGAUGCAUUGAACGUGCGAAUCGACGGCAAAGCCUCCACAGCCACCGUCCAGGAGGGAAUGAGGAUUGAAGAACCGGCAAGGAGGAGGGGAGGGGGAGGAGGAGGGGGGCAUCAAUGGACUGCUGGUGCAGCAGCUGGAGGUCUAGCUAUGGUGUCUUCUUCUUCUUGUUCUUCUUGUUCUUCUGCUUCUUCCUCGGUGUUGGCUUGCUCGGGGAGAAGUACCAGAUCAACAUCAGCUGCAGCGACGGCAGCCACCUCGACGCCCAGAGUUCUGUCUGCUGCAGCUCUGAGAUAUAGAGUGUGGAGUGUGUACAAGCUCCGCUGCCAUUUCCCACGUGUGCCUUGCGAUUACCUGGAGAAAUGUCUUGACGUCAACAACAGCCUGAUCGGACCGACGUUCAAAGCGUUGUGGAAGUGCCUCCAGCGAAGCCGAAGAGACAUCAUCGCCGCGAUCCAGAUCACUCAGGCCAAGCGUCCCGAUGGUAAGCCGCCCAGCCAAACGAGUGGGCAACAGGCUGAAGAAAAAGAGGUGGUAGAGGUAGUUGAGGGGCGGAGGGGGAAGGAGGAAGAUGUUGAAGGGGCAAAUCAGCAAAAGCCCACUGUCGCAAAGGAUGAGAUCGAAUGUGGGUGCUGUUACAUGGAGUAUCCCUUCAGCGAUAUGGUUCAGUGCGCAGAAGGGCAUCUUUUCUGUUUCUCUUGUCUUCAACGAAGGGUUGAGGAGUCGACGUUUGGAAAUCUCUCUGCUACUGGAGCGCUGCUGUGCAUGGACACCAGCGGCUGCAAUGCGACUUUCCCACAGUCUGAGGUGAGGAGAGCUCUUUCUCCGCAGGUUCUGGCCAAAUACGAACAGCGCCAGGGCGAGGACUCAGUCGCUAGGGCACAGCUUACUGGUCUGGUACGAUGUCCUUUCUGCGAUUUCCCUGUUGAUCUCGAUCCAGAGGAGAAAGUGCUUCAUUGCCCGAACAAGGAAUGUGGGAAGGGAUCUUGCCGUCUCUGUAAGGAGCCUGACCACAGGCCGCUCAAAUGUGAACAAGUUGAAAAGAAAACGGAGAUGAACCUGAGAGUCAAAGUGGAAGAGAUGAUGACAAAAGCUGUGCUUCGCACAUGCAAAUCUUGUGGAAUUGAGCUGGUGAAGAAUGAUGGGUGCAAUAAAAUCACGUGUCGAUGCGGGCAGCACAUGUGCUAUGUUUGUCGAGAGACGAUUCAGGAUUAUGAACACUUUUGUCGGCAUCCCCGAGACCCGGGAAAAAAGUGCACUCAGUGCAAGAAGUGCAGCCUCUGGACUCAGGAGAAUGUGGAGGAGGUGGUUAAGAAGGCGCGAGAGGAGGCGCUUAAGGAAGCGGCUAGGCAAGAUCCAACGAUAGCCAAGCGUCCGAUCGCUUGGCCAGAAGAUUCGAACAAGCGCCCAUCGAAACAUCGACGAAGUGACGGGGCACUGCAUGGAUUGAUUGUGAAGCUUCUGGAGGCAGUUGGUUGGAUCUGAGCUUGCCGUGCGUGCCGUUGGGUCGGAUUCUGAUGAAUUCUAUGGAGUGAAGUCGGCUGGGCGUGCAGCAACCGAUUCAGCUGAUCGAAGUGAUCUGUGUAUGCAGCGACUGGUUCUGCAGACAGUUGGAUCUGAGCUUGCCGUGCGUGCCGCCAGGUUGAAUUCGGAUGAAAUCUAUGCAGUGGUUGAUUCACCGGAUUGAAGUGAUCUGUGUGUGCAGCGACUGAUUCUGCAGAGCGAAGUGGUCUGUAUGUGCAGCGAGCGAUUCUCCGAAGCGAAGUGGUACUAUGUACGUGCAGCGACUGCAGCUUUACACUUCUCAGUGACUGCUGUCGAUGUCAAAGGUCAUUUGAUUGCGAAGCUUCUGGAGGCAGUUGGUUGGAUCUAGGCUUGCAGUGCGUGCCGCAGGGUUGAAUUUUGGUGAGUGAAGUUCCGUAUAACUGCAGCAACUGCAGCGACUGCAGCUUUACGCUACUGUCGAUGUUUGAAGGGCGAUUGAUUGAUUGUGAAGGCUCUCGAAGCAGUUGGGUUCUGUCGACGUGAUCGUAUGCCUGCGAUCUGACCGCCGACCUCUUGGAUGAUGCACGGGUGAAUUCUGGUGAAGGAAGCAUUCUGUAUCUGCAGCGACUGCAGCUUAACACUCUCAACGAUGAGCGCGAUUGCUCUAUUGUGAAGGUUCUGGAGGGGCUUGGGUUGGACUUUAAUCGCAUGCUUGCAAUCUAACUAUCCACCCUUUGUGGAUGCACACCAAGCGUCGGAUUCGAUUAUGUUUGGGAGGGAGGGAGGGUGGGUGGGUGGGUGGUGGUGAGUGGAAUAUUCUGUAUGUGCAGCGACUGCAGCUUUACAAUCUCGAUGUCAAACGCGAUUGAUUGUGCAAGGUUCUGGAGGGAGUUGGGUUGAACUCGAUCACAUGCGGGCGAUCUAAUCAUCCACCAUUUGUGGAUGCACACGAAGCGUUGGAUUCGGUUAUGUAUGGGUGGAUGGGUGGGUGGUUUUAUCUCGAAGCCGGACUUGCUGAAUGAAGUCUGUUUCUUAAGGGACAAGCGUGCGACCUAGGUCGCUUGAGCAGUGUCCCUCCUACCUUGUGAGAAAUGGGAGAAAUGGGAGAAACAAUUCUUGGAGGGAUGUGGUGGCUGCGGACUUCGCAUCUGCACAGUACGAGGAGUAAGAAAGAAAAGAUUACUUUCUCUUUUCCAGCGGACCACAUCGCACUAUCGAGUAUGCCUGCCUUUCUUGGUCCUCGACCUUUGAAAACACUCAGUCACUCACACUCUUGUUGGGAGAAACAACUCUUGAAGGGAGGAGGGAGGUGGUUGCCGCAGACGUCGCAUCUGCAGGGUGUUUGAGGUCUCUUUCCAGCAGACCACAUCGGUCCAUUGAGUACACAUGAAGGGAGAAGGGAGGUGGUUGCCUUUUCUCAACGGUCACCCUCUCGAAAAUAGUCCAUUUUUAGACUUCAUUUUUGGGGGAGGAUAGACUGUGAACAAGUCUAUUUUCGUGGGAAGAUAGACAGUGAAGAUGGAUGAUGAAGAUGGACAACGACGAUAGACGAUGAAGAUAGAAGAUGGAGAUAGACGAUGGACUCCCCGAGAUGGAAGGUGGAUCAUGUUUAGUAGUAGUCUACAUGAUUAUGUCAUGAGUGAGUGGUCCCCACACACACACUCCAGUGUCAGUCAGUGAUUGAGUCAUGGCUAUGUAGCAGAAUCAACGCCGAUGAGAUCC